AUGACCGCCACAAACAUCAGUAAUGGCAGUCCCUACACCACGCUGACGGCCGUAUUUUGUUCGUGGAAGGCCGUCCUCCUCGCCAUCGCUGCCGGCAGCCGCGUGGGCCCGACCUACGACACCUCGUCAAGCCUCCUCACCCCUGGCAGCACACCAAGCUUCCUCACGAGGCUGUCCUCUUGGGAUACCAUCUACUUCCUCAAGGACGCUGAAAGGGGCUAUCUUUUCGAGCAGGAGUGGGCCUUUAGUUCCGCCUUGCCCAACUGCAUAUCCCUCAUCAUCCGAGCCCUACGGAUCCCUCGGCUCGGCCUGUUCUCAUCCUCCGACCCCAGCACGCACCUUGAGGCUCUGGUCGGCGUCGUCUUCUCCAAUGCCUGCCAUCUGCUGUCGGUGCUGGUGCUUUACCAGCUAGGCUUGCAAAUCUGGAAGGAUUCAAGGUGGGCACUGGCUGCGGCCCUGCUGCACGUGCUGUCCCCGGCCGGCCUAUUCUUGUCCGCUCCUUACGCUGAGAGCGCAUGCUCCUUGCUGUCUUUCACUGGUUGGCUACUCCUGGUCAAAAGCUGCGUCAAGACUGGGACAUCUGUUUCAUCGCUUCCAAGAGAUGCCCUGACCCUACUCGCCGGCCUUGCCUUUGGCCUCGCCACCUAUUUUCGUACCAAUGGCCUGCUCAACGGCGCCCCACUGGCCUUCGACUUCCUCUGGACCUUCUACCAACUGACCGAGGACCUCGAUUUUCGCAAGACUCCCGAUUACAUCCGCAGACUGGUUGUCCUCGGUAUCGCCGGACUAACUGUCGCUGCCGGCUCCGUCCUCCCUCAGUAUGUCGCUUACCAGACAUAUUGCUCCUCCACUUCCGCAACUUCCGAGACUAGGCCGUGGUGUACCCACCUCGUGCCCAGUAUCUACAACUUCGUACAGAAGCAAUAUUGGAACACCGGUUUUCUCCGAUACUGGACGCUGUCCAAUGCCCCACUCUUUGCCCUUGCGGCUCCCAUGCUCUUCGUCAUGGGCAAGGGCGGUAAAGAUCUUUUCUUCCAAGGCUCCAGAGUUUCCAAGGAGCAUGGGCCGGCGUCAAACCUGGACAGCUCCCGGCUCGUCCUGGUGGUGAGGUCCAUGGCCUUUGCUCAGGUUUUGCUCGCCGCUAUGACCUUCACAAGCUAUCACGUCCAGAUCAUCACUCGCCUGUCCUCGGGCUACCCGGCCUGGUACUGGUGGCUGGCGGCCUGCUUGAAGAGCCCGAAGACGAGAAACAUGGGCAGCGGCUUUGUGGUCUUCAUGGUCAUGUAUGCUUCCAUACAGGCCGUAUUGUUUGCUUCUUUCUUGCCUCCAGCUUGA